CGUGCACACGUAAGCGCGCCGCUUGGCUUGCCUUCUCCUGCAAGGAGUCGGACUUCGGUGGUUCGCCGAUUUAAUCCCACCUUUGCGGUCUCAUAGCAGCUGCAGCAACUCCUCCUCCUCAUCAUCCAAAUCUGCGUCGAUUUCUUCGCGUUCCGUCGAUCCGAUUCUUUAUUGGGAGGGAAAGGGCGAAUCGCACAGGGAAGUGGCUUGAUUCGAUCCGAUCGACAUGGAUUUCGAGCUUCGGGUGGCGAGGGAGAAGUUGGAGAGGGAGCAGAGGGCGCGCAAGGAGCGGGCCAAGGCCAAGCUUGAGCGGGAGAGGCGAGCCAAAGCCGAGGCCGCCCGCCAACGCGACGCCAUCGAGGCCACCCAGCGCUCCAAGCGCCUCGAUGCCGCGCGCGCACAAAUCGAGGCAGAGCAACGAAUGGAGGAAAGCAUGCUUCUUGGAAAAGGGGUCAUAUUUUGUCGCACUCUUGAAGCUAUACCUUUUAAUGGGUUCGGAGACAAGAUCAAACUGCCACCUUCUUGUUUCCAGGAAUUGUCUGAUCAAGGGGCCCUCGAUAAAGGCCCCAUGUAUUUCAGGCUGUCAGUGAUUGAUGAAUUGGUUCCAUCAGUUUCAGAUGCUACUGACGAAGUGGAACAUCGAGCAACUCAUUCAGGAGUUUUGGAAUUUACAGCUCGAGAGGGUUCAGUAGAAUUACCUUCACAUGUAUGGAGCAAUUUACUCUCUGGUGUCAGUCUCGAUGUUCCUCUUGUUGAGGUGCACUAUGUUAGCUUGCCCAAAGGUACAUAUGCAAAAUUACAACCAGAGGGGAUGGGCUUCUCUGACAUUCCUAACCACAAGGCUGUCCUUGAGACAACUCUCCGCAGACAUGCAACUCUUUCUCAAGGUGACAUCAUCACUGUCAGUUAUGGAGAACUGAACUACAAGUUGAGGGUUCUUGAGACAAAACCUGCUUCAAGUGUUUCUGUCCUAGAAACAGAUAUCGAAGUUGAUAUAGAAGGACAUGAUUCUGCUCAGGAGAGUAGUAGGAAUCAGCCUGUACUUGCACCACUUGUUAUUGGAAAGGUUGAAGAAGGAAUUGUUGAAGAAGGAACAUUCAACUAUUACAAGUUUUCUGUUGAGGCGGCCAUUAUUGAUGAGGUUGCAUCUGGUCGUAUGAAUAUUGAAGUAAAGAUUGAGGCAGACGCAGGUGAUGCUGAUACCAAUGUUUAUCUAUCUAGACAUCCAUUGAUAUUCCCAACUCAACAUCGUCACGAAUGGUCAUCUCAUGAGAUGGGUUCAAAGGUUUUGACAGUCAGACCGAAGGAUCCAAACCUGGUUGCUGGUACAUAUAGCAUUGGUGUCUUUGGUUUCAAAGGUGUGACAAAGUAUCGUAUCUCUGUAGCUUUCAAAGACAAUGUCAAACAACAGAUUGGGGGACAUGCUACUGCUUCGUCACCAAUUGAUAUGGAAUCUGUGGAAUGCCAAAACUGUAAACAUUUUAUAUCCAGCCGGACCAUUUUACUCCAUGAGGCAUAUUGCUUUCGGCACAAUGUUCUUUGCCAACACAAUGGCUGUGGAGUUGUCCUUAGGAAGGAGGAAGCAGCAAGUCAUGUGCAUUGCAACAAAUGUGGACAAGCUUUCCAACAGGAGCAGAUUGAGAAGCACAUGAAGGUGUUUCAUGAACCAGUUCAUUGCCCAUGUGGAGUGAUACUAGAGAAGGAACAAAUGAUCGAACACCAAUCGUCGACCUGCCCACUUCGUUUGAUUAUGUGCCGGUUCUGUGGGGAUAUGGUGCAAGCUGGCAGUAUACCAGCAGAUGCUCGGGAUCGUCUCAGAGGACUUGUUGAACAUGAGAGUAUUUGUGGGUCCAGAACCGCACCAUGUGAUUCGUGCGGCCGUGCUGUCAUGCUGAAGGAAAUGGACAUCCAUGUGAUUGCUGUGCAUCAGAAGAGCUAACUGCUCAUUGAAUUCUCCUUUUUCUGCUCGAUUCACCUUGGACACUCUCAAGGAAUUUGCCACUUGAAAAAAUAUUCUGGGUGCCUGUGAUGCUUCUUUUAAGCUGUGUAUUGAUGCAUUAUUAAAACAAGUUUUUUGAAUUUAUAUGUUGAUGUAUUUGUUUC